UAUAUAUAUAUAUUAAUCAUGGGUAGUACGGGUUUUAAUAUCGAAUCUUUUGGUUAGUUGGCAUGAUUUGAUGGAUGCAUUUCGUUUGGAAAAUGUCUUACAGACUCUGAUUGUGUACACAAUCACUGGUGUUAUUGGCCAGAGUAAAAUCUUGGGCAAAAGACACUGUUCAUUGCUGGUCCCAAAUGAUGAUUGGUGAACCCCUCUCUUUUGAACCACACAAAGAUAUGGAUGAAUGGUUGCCAAGUGGGUGAGAGAUUUGGUGGGGUAGAGAGUGACAGGGGAACUCAUCUUCAACACGCAUAUCAAACUGCAGCCUGCAGGUUUCCUGGGGAAGCCAGUAGCCUAGCAUGUCCUAUAUAUACAAAAGGGUUUAGUUGUGGGCUCUUGUAAGCAACACUAACAGAAGCAUUUCCUGUCAAAUAUGAGUUCUCUAAGAGGGUUUGGAAAUAUCGCCAGAAGAUGGAGAGAACUCAAUGGUGCGAAUUACUGGAAGGGGCUACUUGAUCCUCUUGACGUCGACCUCCGGAAGAAUAUCAUCAACUACGGUGAGCUCUCACAGGCAGCAUACACUGGGCUCAACAGAGAGAGAAGGUCAAGGUACGCUGGGUCUUGCCUCUUCAGACGCAAGGACUUCCUCAGCAGGGUAGAUGUAUCAAACCCUAAUCUGUAUGAGAUUACGAAGUUUAUAUAUGCAAUGUGUACCGUGAGCUUGCCGGAUGAUUUCAUGAUAAAGCCACUGUCAAAGGCCGCAUGGAGCAAGCAGUCAAAUUGGAUGGGGUUUGUUGCUGUGGCCACCGACGAGGGUAAGGAAGUGCUCGGGAGGCGGGAUGUGGUGGUGGCAUGGCGUGGGACAAUACGGGUGCUAGAGUGGAUGGAUGACCUUGAUAUUUCCUUGGCGCCUGCUUCAGAAAUAGUACGACCAGGGAGUGCCAAUGAUCCCCGUGUUCAUGGAGGAUGGUUGUCCGUCUACACGAGUACUGACCCAGGGUCUCGGUACAAUGAACAGAGUGCACGAUAUCAGGUGUUGGAUGAAGUCAAAAGGCUGCAGGAUCUGUACAAGCAAGAGGAGACCAGCAUCACCAUAACAGGUCACAGCCUUGGGGCCGCUCUUGCAACCAUUAGUGCUACCGACAUUGUCUCCAACGGCUACAACAAAACCUGCCCGGUCUCGGCCUUCGUGUUUGGUAGCCCCAGAGUGGGCAACUCCGACUUCCGGAAAGCAUUUGACAGUGCGGAAGAUCUGAGGUUGCUCCGUGUCCGGAACUCCCCUGACGUGGUCCCAAACUGGCCAAAGCUGGGAUACAGCGACGCCGGCACAGAGCUCAUGAUCGACACAGGGGAAUCACCCUACAUCAAGAGCCCUGGGAACCCCUUAACAUGGCAUGAUAUGGAGUGUUACAUGCAUGGGGUUGCCGGGACGCAGGGGAGCAACGGAGGGUUUGAGUUGGAGGUUGAUCGGGACAUCGCGUUGGUGAAUAAACACGAAGAUGCACUGAAGAAGGAGUAUUCGAUUCCACCGUCUUGGUGGGUGGUUCAGAACAAAGGUAUGGUGAAAGGCAAGGAUGGUCGGUGGCAUCUGGCCGACCAUGAGGAUGAUGAUGACUGAUCCUUUUACGUGAUGCAAUUCAGUGCGACAGCUGGGCAACAAGUUGCAACCAACGAGCUUUCCUUGAGAACAUGGCAAAUAUUCUGCAUUAUCUUCUUUUAACUGUUUGAGAGUAAAGAAAUGCAUCCUGUUAUGUUCGAACUCAUAUUUUUCAGUGAACUGUUAUUGCUUUCGAGACCAGUGAGUUUAAAGAACUCUGAAAAGUCUUAAUUUUUUUUAGCUGUUCAUGUGUGACAUUUCCCCGCAUGAACAAUGUUAAGGAACUUGUGUGCUUUGUGUAUUAUUUGAUUAUUUCCUAAUAACAAGUAACAUGCACACAGUAUCAUGUUAGGUGUAUCAA